UUUUCUUUUCUUUUUCUGCCUCUCCCAACCUAGAAAAUCUCUAGGAGAAGAUGACUGUGUUCUUUAAAACACUUCGAAAUCAUUGGAAGAAAACGACAGCUGGGCUCUGCCUGCUGACAUGGGGAGGCCAUUGGCUGUAUGGAAAACACUGUGAUAACCUUCUAAGGAGAGCGGCCUGUCAAGAAGCUCAGGUGUUUGGCAACCAACUCAUUCCUCCCAAUGCACAAGUGAAGAAGGCAACUGUCUUCCUCAAUCCUGCAGCUUGCAAAGGCAAAGCCAGGACUCUAUUUGAAAAAAAUGCUGCCCCAAUUUUACAUUUGUCUGGCAUGGAUGUGACUGUCAUUAAGACAGAUUAUGAGGGACAAGCAAAGAAACUCCUGGAGCUGAUGGAAAACACAGAUGUGAUCAUUGUUGCUGGAGGGGAUGGAACCCUACAGGAGGUUGUUACUGGAGUUCUUCGAAGAACAGAUGAGGCUACCUUCAGUAAGAUUCCCAUUGGAUUUAUCCCACUGGGACAGACCAGUAGUUUGAGUCAUACCCUGUUUGCUGAAAGUGGAAACAGAGUCCAACAUAUUACAGAAGCCACACUUGCCAUUGUGAAAGGAGAGACCAUUCCACUUGAUGUCCUGCAGAUCAAGGGUGAAAAGGAGCAGCCCGUGUUUGCGAUGACUGGCCUUCGAUGGGGAUCCUUCAGAGAUGCUGGCAUCAAAGUUAGCAAGUACUGGUAUCUUGGGCCUCUCAAAACCAAAGCAGCCCACUUUUUCAGCACUCUUCAGGAGUGGCCUCAGACUCAUCAAGCCUCCAUCUCCUACACGGGACCUACAGAGAGGCCCCCCAGCAAGCCAGAGGAGGCUCCCCCUCGGCCUUCUUUGUAUAGGAGAAUCCUCCGCAGGCUGGCCUCGUACUGGGCACAGCCGCAGGACGCCCACUCCCAAGAAGUGAGCCCAGAGGUCUGGAAAGACGUACAGCUGUCCACCAUCGAGCUGUCCAUCACUACCCGGAACAGCCAGCUUGACCUGACAAGCAAAGAAGACUUUAUGAACAUCUGCAUUGAACCUGACACUGUCAGCAAAGGAGAUUUCAUAAUCAUAGGAAGUAGAAAGGUGAGAGACCCCAAACUGCGCUCCAAGGGCACAGAGUGUCUACAAGCCAGCCGCUGCACCCUGCUGCUUCCCGAGGGCAGCAGGGGCUCCUUCAGCAUCGACAGCGAGGAGUAUGAGGCGAUGCCUGUGGAGGUGAAGCUGCUUCCCAGGAAGCUGCAGUUCUUCUGUGACCCCCGGAAGCGACAGCAGCUGCUGCCGAGCCCAGCCCAGUGACAGAGGCCAGGGCGUUUCCUAGACUGCACUUUAGGCCACCCGUGGGACCAAAAGGGAAGAGGCUCCCAAGGGCAUUUUCAUGGCAAGUACCCCGUCCUCCCCCAGUGGUGCUGUCAUUGCCGUGACAGCCCAUCCCUCCCGGUGACUUUCCUCAGGCCGGAACAUUGCUGCCUCCACAGUGAAGAGCGGGGUCCUGGCCUGCCUUAGCUCUCCCACCCCUGCUGUGCUCUGUGAUGUCCUAGGGCCGCCCCAGGUUUCUCUGCCCUUGCCAGGACUCCUAAGUCCUGGCUGCCGCUCUGAGUUCGGUGCUUACCUCGCUCUUGUUCCAGUUAUGUCCUCCAACAGCAAAUGUGAGGUUGUUUCUUCAACUAUGGCUCAAGUAUUGUCAAAUGCUAUUUUUGUCUUAAAGCAGUGCUUUUUCAGUGUUGGUGUGCAUGAGGACCCUCUGUGUGCAACGCAUGUCGAAAACUAAGGGGCCCACACCGAACCACUCACUUGCCAUGGAGCCUGCAACUCUCAUCAGGGGUGUCUGAAAAGGGCCUCCUCCUCUUUCAGUGUUUUAAAGUAGCUUCUGCCUGUGUUUCCCCAAAAGUAUUGUGAAAAAUCACGUAUCCCCUCACAUCUGUGUCUACAUCUUUCAUGGAAGAUAGUCGCCAAAGUGUGUGUGUGUACUUUCUAGUGUUGUGUAAAUAUUGGUUUUAAAAUAAUCUGUUACAUCACUCUUCUAAAGAUCCAUUGUAAACACGACAGCAGUUGGACACCACCCCUCAACUUCUUUAGUCAAACACCGUAAAUUUUUUUCUCCCUGUGGGUAUAUUCCCCUACUGCAUUCAGCAAGACUCUUACUAUACUGUAAUCUAUUUUUCACUUCAUUUUUUUAUUCUUGUCAACAAGAUAUAAAUGGAUUUUUUAGUUUUAGUACUGAAUGUUGUUGUAAUUGAUGUAAUUGAAAAUAUUAAUUUUUUGAUAAUUAAAAACAUGUUAGUACGUUCUUUAUCCUAAUUAGUUCAUUUACUCAAUAUAUAAAUGUUAUUUAUAUCUAGAUGGGGGUUCAACAUCGAUUAUCAUUUUUGGUUGUGAACACUAAGUAAAUGGGAAGAGAACGCAUCUAACAAUGUCAUAUAGUUCUUUGAAUUAAAUGGCCAAAAGCACAGCAUUGUCAUCAAUAGUUAAUUUUCAACUAACUUGAUUAGAUCUUCCAUUACCAA